UAUGAUCCAGGGAUUGAUCUUAAAGAAUAUUGAAUCAUGAAGUUCUAUAUUGAGGACCUUCCGGUCAUCUUCCCGUAUCCGCGUAUUUAUCCGGAGCAAUAUGCGUAUAUGUGUGAUAUUAAGAAGACGUUGGAUGUAGGGGGCAAUUGUGUGUUGGAAAUGCCUUCAGGAACUGGUAAGACUGUAUCUUUGUUAUCAUUAACAGUUGCCUAUCAAAUGCAUUACCCUGAACAUCGGAAAAUUGUCUAUUGUUCACGUACCAUGUCUGAGAUUGAAAAGGCAUUGAUCGAAUUAAAUGGAUUGAUGGAAUUCAGAGCAAAUGAAUUGGGAUAUGUGGAAGAAUUUAGAGGAUUGGGACUUACAAGUAGAAAGAAUGUUUGCUUACAUCCAACUAUAUCUAAAGAACGUAAAGGUGCAGUUGUUGAUGAAAAAUGUAGAAGAAUCACUAAUGGACAAUUGAAGGAUAAAAUUGCAAGAGGGGCCAUCUCUGAACAAGAACAACAAUCAAAUCCUGAAGCAAAUACAUUAUGUUCAUUCCAUGAAGAUCUUUAUGGAAUGGAACAACAUGAAUUGAUCCCUGCUGGUGUCUACUCCUUUGAUGCAUUGAUGUCAUACUGUAAGGAAAAGGGUACAUGUCCCUAUUUUACCGUAAGAAGAAUGAUCCCUUAUUGUAAUAUUAUCAUUUAUUCUUAUCAUUAUCUUUUAGAUCCAAAGAUUGCCGAAAGAGUUUCUAAAGAACUUUCAAAAGAUAGUAUCAUCAUUUUUGAUGAAGCGCAUAAUAUAGAUAACGUUUGUAUUGAGUCCUUAUCACUUGACUUGACGGAUGAUACUUUGAAAAAGGCUACAAGAGGGGCAAAUAAAUUGGAUAAGGCAGUAGAAGAAAUGAAAGCUAAAGAUAGUGAAAAAUUACAAAAUGAAUAUGAAAAAUUAGUUGAAGGACUUCGAGAAGCUGAAAUUGCUCGUGAUGAAGAAUUAUUCAUGAGUAAUCCAACUCUUCCUCAAGAUCUUCUUGAAGAAGCUGUACCAGGAAAUAUUCGUAAAGCUGAACAUUUUAUAUCAUUCUUGAAAAGAUUUAUUGAAUACUUAAAGACAAGAAUGAAGGUUCUUCACGUUAUUAGUGAAACACCUCCAAGUUUCCUUCAACAUUUAAAAAAAUUAACCUUUAUUGAUAGGAAACCAUUAAGAUUUUGUUCUGAAAGAUUGUCAUUACUUGUACGUACAUUGGAACUUACGGAAAUUGAUGAUUUUACCGCAUUGAAGGAUAUUGCUACAUUUGCCACAUUAGUUUCUACAUAUGAGACUGGAUUCCAAUUGAUUUUAGAACCUUUUGAAACUGAAGGUUCCACGGUUCCCAACCCAAUUUUGCAUUUUACGUGUUUAGACGCGUCCAUGGCCAUGAAACCUGUAUUUGACCGGUUUUCAUCGGUGAUCAUUACCUCUGGUACCAUGUCUCCUUUGGAUAUGUAUCCUAGAAUGCUUAACUUCCAAACGGUUAUACAGGAGUCUUACACCAUGACCUUGACUAGAAGGUCUUUCUUGCCCAUGAUUGUGACCAAGGGAUCUGACCAGGUGUCGAUCUCUUCUAGAUUUGAAAUUCGUAAUGAUCCAUCUGUUGUUAGAAAUUAUGGAUCUUUAUUGAUUGAAUUUGCUAAAAUAACUCCUGAUGGUAUGGUGGUUUUCUUCCCAUCAUAUUUAUAUAUGGAACUGAUUAUAUCAAUGUGGCAAAAUAUGGGGGUAUUGGAUGAAGUAUGGAAAUAUAAAUUAAUUUUAGUGGAGACUCCAGAUGCUCAGGAAACUUCUGUGGCUUUGGAAACUUAUAGAAAGGCAUGUUCCAAUGGACGUGGUGCAGUUCUUCUUUCGGUUGCUCGUGGUAAAGUAUCUGAAGGGAUUGAUUUCGAUCAUCAAUAUGGAAGAACUGUGCUUAUGAUUGGUAUCCCAUUCCAAUAUACGGAAUCAAGAAUCUUAAAAGCUCGUUUAGAAUUUUUAAGAGACCAUUAUCAAAUUAGAGAAAAUGACUUUUUAUCGUUCGAUGCAAUGAGACAUGCAGCUCAAUGUUUAGGAAGAGUUUUAAGAGGUAAGGAUGAUUACGGUAUCAUGGUAUUAGCAGAUAGAAGAUUUGCUCGUAAGCGGAAUCAAUUGCCUAAAUGGAUUGCUCAAGCUCUUUAUGAUUCGGAUACAAAUCUUUCUACCGAUAUGGCUUUAGCAAAUGCAAGAAAGUUUUUAAGAAACCUUGCACAACCUACAAAUCCAAAGGAUCAAGAAGGGGUAUCCGUUUGGAAUAUUGAACAACUUGAAAAGUUCCAACAAGAUCAAAGAGAAAAAUUCAAAUCUAUUGAAGAGAAAACCGAGAAAAAUGAUGACUUCAUGAUGGAUGAUGAUGACUUAGACCUUUUAUAAUCAUAACUCUC